AUGGAAUCUACUAAAAAGAAAUACGCAAGAUUCCGUUAUACUCAACAACAGUUAGAGGAGGCUCUUACCCGUAUAACAAAUAACGAUUUGUCUAUUAAUAAAGCCAGCAAAAUAUACGACAUACCCAAAUCAACGUUAAGUAAUAAAUUAAAUAAUAAAGUACCAUGGCAACGAAAAAUGGGUCCAUUAACACAACUAACUUUCGACGAAGAAAACAAGCUAGCAGACUGGAUUUUAACAAAAGCUAAACUUGGGUUUCCAAUGCACCCGGAAGAAGUUUAUGAUACUGUGGAAAUAUUCUUGAAACAAAAUGAGAGGGAGAAUAAAUUUACAAAAGGCCGACCGGGGAAAAAAUGGCUUACUUUGUUUUUGCGAAGACAUCCCGAAGUAACUAAAAGAAACGCUGAAAUAAUAUCAAAAGCUAGGGCAGCGGUUACAGAAGAGGCCAUCAGAAAUUGGUUUACUGAAUUGAACAAGUUUUUAGAGGAAGAAAAUGCCUUAGACAUUAAAGAUGACCCGACUCGUAUUUUCAAUUCAGAUGAAACUGGCGUCAUGACUUGUCUUAAAACGGGGCUGAUUUUGGGGCCCAAAAAUUAUAAAAAUACAUACGAAAUCGCAAGUGGGAAAGAAAAAGAAUCAAUCACAGUCCUAUGUACAUUCUCUGCUGAUGGUACUGAUGUACCACCGUUUGUUUUGUAUCCAUAUAAAAGAAUGCCACCAGCCGUAAUUCAAAAUUUCCCAGAUACUUGGUAUAUUGGCCGUUCCGACAGCGGGUGGAUGGUAUCAGUUGUAUUUUUUACCUACAUUAAGUUAUUUUAUGAAUGGUUGGUAAAAAAUGAAAUCCGGUUGCCUGUAUUGCUAUUUCUGGAUGGCCACAAGUCCCAUAUCAACCGUGACAUGUUUGAUUUCUGUCGUGAAAAAGGCAUAAUGAUUUUCUGUUUAUAUCCCAACUCAACUCAUAUUUUGCAGCCCUGUGAUGUAGGAAUAUUUGGACCGUUGAAGAAAAAUUGGAAAAGGGUAGUGAGAAAGCAUAAACAGGCAUCCACUGUACCUAUAACAAAACAAAAUUUUGCUGCGUUGUUUAAAAUAGCUUACGACGGAAGCAUUAAGCCAACUACGAUAAAAAAUUCAUUUAGAGUUUGUGGUUUAUAUCCAAUGUCUCCAGAUGCAGUUGACUACUCACGCUGCAUAAGUAAUAGAAGGCAAGAAAUUGCGCAACAAAACCAAAAAGGCACCACAACCUCUAGUCUUCAUGACCAAAAAGAGGAUCUACGAAGUACGAUCAAGGUUAUAGAAGGUGAAGUUGGCCAGAUGAUAAGAAAUGAGUUUGUCAUGUCUUACAAUUUAAACCGUUCUCAUCCCCAUCAAUAUUUUGAGCUGUGGAAAAAAUGUAGAAAUCAACUUGAGAAUAAAAAACAGAGUGACACGAUAACACCGAAUACCCCGAUCAUUCCUCUUGAUCUGUCAGUAUCAUCUAUAGAAGCGUCUACUUCAAACGAGGACGAUUCCAAACUGGAAUCAAGCCAGGCACUGGAAAGGAAUAGUGUUCCCGAAAUCGUCGAGUCUGAAAUUACAAAUGUGGAAACUGAAGAAAUGCAUGCAACUAAUAGUUCAAUUAUAAUAGAUUCGGCAAUCCGACUGCCAUCGGAUAAUUCCAUAUUAUUGGGUGAGACUAGUAUUUUACCCAAUUUACCACCCUUUGAUACAACUGAAGAUGUCAUAGAUUUUAUUAUUCAGAAUGAAAUAGACAUACCUGAUGUGAUACCAUUGCCAUGGUAUGAUACUUUAGAAAUAAUAGUAGAAAAAGACCUCAUUAUUGACGCUCCUAAUAAAUGCUCUUCUCCUCAGAAUAACGCAUCAUCCAUACCAGCCAUUCCCAGUUGCAGCAAUAACACUAAUCAAGCAAAAAAUUCGCUUGAGUCCACAGUUGAUAGUCAGACUGCAAUAAAGUCUGUAAUAGAUGCCACUAAUAGUAUUAAUUCAUCGAAUGAUACAAAUCCAUCCAAUCCACUAGAAGGAUUUUUGAAAAUACCGGAUUUACCACAAAAGAAAUUUAAAGUUACAAAAAAAAUGCCUGCACCUUAUGGAUUAACAGGGCUCAAAUACAAAGAAUAUCUAAAAAAUCAGGACGAUGAGAAAAAAAUUAAGGAGGAAGAAUUAGCGAAUAAAAGAAAGGAACGAGAAGAAAAAAGACUGAAAAAACAAAAAUCUCAAAGCAAAAAACGUGUUCAACUGAAACGCCCAAAAAAUCCCCUUAAAAAGCAAGCUAAGAAAAUGAAAGUAGAACAUGAUGAUCACACACAACCUGCCGAAGAUUUUAUAACAACAGAUAAUUUAGAAGCAAGUGAAGAGACUGAAAUAGAAACUAGGAGAACUACUACGACUUGUACUGAAUUUAAGGACAAUUUAUUUGAUAGAUAUGUACUGGUUCAAUUUGAGAGUGGAAAGAGAAUGCGUCAUUUUGUAGGAAAAGUGAUAAUGGUAAAUGACAAUGAAAGAAAAUAUAAAGUAGAUUUUCUUAGAAAAAAAUCCGUUGUGGAAAAUGUUGUCAAUUUUGCAAAACCAAUAGUGCCAGAUAUUGCAGAAGUUGAUUUCGAUGAUAUUAAACGUGUAUUCGGUACACCGAAUAUUUCUAGGCGCGGAUUAAUUUGUUUUGACGAUUUAGUAUUUAAAGAUAUUGAAUAA